AGAGAGUUACGUGGCCUUCAUUUUAACCACACAGUAUACAGAUUGAUCUAACGGAUCAAAGUAUUCGGAAGUCACGGUUCAGUUUCCGCGUCAAUGUUAGACAAUCCGUCUCCAUUUCUGAGUAAAAGAAAGACUGGUGAGUUUAAAAUUUCACACCAACUCACUUACUCUCUCUCUCUCUCCCACCAAACCCUCUCCCCCUAACUCUUUUACAUUACCAACUCCAUUGCGUUACUUCUUUUUUUUUCUUUCUCUCUUUAUAAUCACAACUGAUUCAGAUUCAGUUACUCACCUUUCAAAUCUAUCUGAUAUGGCUAACACGUUAUUAUAUAACAACACCACGUGCGGAAUCUCUUUCCAUGACCAAUCUCUCUCCGCCGCUAAUUCCGCCUCUCGCCACGUCUCCAGAUCCCUCUCUUUCUCCCAAAACUCACUUGAUAUGAAUGCGCUAAAACACGUUAUUGGGGUGGAACAGCAGAAUAAUAAAAGAGGGAGAGUAGUUGUUAAGUCAAAAACUCAUUUUGAUGAUUUGGGUGUUGACAUUUCAUUGAGUCCACGUGUUAAUGCUGUUAAGCCUUCAAGAACUGUCGCUAUAACUGAUCAAGCUACCGCUCUUGUUCAAGCUGGUGUUCCUGUUAUUCGCUUGGCCGCUGGUGAGCCUGAUUUUGAUACACCUGCUGUUAUUGCUGAGGCUGGGAUUAAUGCAAUUCGUGAAGGGCACACAAGGUAUACACCUAAUGCUGGAACGUUAGAAUUGCGCCAAGCUAUUUGUCAUAAGCUUAAAGAGGAGAAUGGAAUUGAGUAUACUCCUGAUCAGGUUGUUGUUAGUAACGGAGCUAAGCAGAGUAUUGCUCAGGCCGUAAUCGCAGUUUGCUCUCCAGGAGAUGAGGUCAUUGUUCCAGCUCCAUUCUGGGUUAGUUACCCAGAAAUGGCAAGGUUGGCUGAUGCAACACCCGUAAUUCUUCCAACGUCAAUAUCUAAUAAUUUCCUUUUAGAUCCCAAACUCCUCGAGUCAAAAAUUACUGAAAGAUCAAGAGUGCUUAUUCUCUGUUCACCGUCUAACCCAACAGGAUCUGUCUAUCCUAAAGAAUUACUUGAAAAGAUAGCCGAGAUUGUAGCAAAGCAUCCAAGGCUUCUGGUUAUCUCUGAUGAAAUUUAUGAACACAUAAUUUAUGCACCAGCAACACACACAAGCUUUGCAUCUUUACCGGGAAUGUGGGACAGAACUCUAACCGUGAAUGGAUUUUCCAAGGCCUUUGCAAUGACCGGUUGGCGACUUGGUUAUAUUGCUGGCCCAAAACAUUUUAUUGCAGCAUGUGGAAAGGUCCAAAGUCAGUUCACUUCAGGGGCCAGCAGUAUAUCUCAGAAAGCUGCAGUUGCUGCAUUAGGACUAGGCUAUGCUGGUGGGGAGACUAUCUCUGUCAUGGUGAAAGCGUUUAGAGAACGAAGGGAUUACUUGGUUAAAAGUUUUAGCGAAAUUGAUGGUGUUAAAAUAUCUGAACCAAAGGGAGCAUUUUAUUUAUUCAUCGACUUCAGCUCCUAUUAUGGAAGAGAAGCUGAAGGAUUUGGUAAAAUUGAGGAUUCUGAGUCCCUCUGUCGGUAUCUGUUGGAUAAAGGCCAGGUAGCACUAGUGCCUGGGAGUGCAUUUGGAGACGAUACUUGCAUCCGUAUCUCUUAUGCAGCAUCCCUUACUACCCUACAGGCAGCUGUAGAAAGAAUUAAGAAAUCACUUAUAUCUCUUACCUCUGCUGCACUUGUUUAGUGUUGUUGGUUUGUAGUAUGUUGUAAUGUGUGUAUUUUAUUUUUGGGUUUGUUGUGCAAUAAUAGGUUGUGGCCAUGUUCACAAAUAAAGUUAUGUAACUGUCAUUAAUAAUUUAAGAUUACAAUCACAAAGUUGGACCA